AAUCUCUUUUGGUUUUCGACUUUGUGGAAGUUCGUUUGCUGUGCUUGUUCUCGUUGAGCUAAGGCCAUUUGGCGACUUGCACGACUAUUUACAAUAAACAAAAAUGACUUCAACUGCUGAAUUGGCCUGUGUUUACUCCGCCCUAAUUUUAGCGGAUGAUGAUAUCGCUAUUACUGGGGAGAAGAUACAAACCAUCCUGAAAGCAGCUGGUGUGGACGUCGAACCUUACUGGCCAGGACUUUUUGCAAAAUCUUUGGAAGGAGUCAAUAUCAAAGAAUUGAUCACCAAAAUAGGUUCAGGAGUUGGAGCAGCACCGGCAGCUGCUGCAGCUUCGGCUGCUCCUGCUGCUGCUGCUGCAGCAGCCGCACCAGCAAAAGAAGAAAAGAAGAAGGAAUCAGAACCCGAGGAAUCUGAUGAUGACAUGGGUCUUGGACUUUUUGAUUAGAGUUAUAAUUUAAGAUAAUAAACUCUUUUUUAAACUUU